AUGAAUUCUAGCGCCUCAGGUAACUCGGAUGCUGCGUCGUCUUCGACCCCGACGAAACAAGCAGCUUGUCUAGAAUGUCGCCGGAGUAAGGUGAAAUGUACCCGCGAUGCCGGUGCUGCGUUAUGCCGCAAAUGCCAAUUGGCUGGCCUACAGUGCGUGACCCCAGAAUACCAUGUUGGGAGGUACAAGGGUGUCAAAAAUAAGAGAAGUGGUCUGGAGAAGGCGAUCUAUCAGGUCGAGCAAGCCUUGAAGCGGUCCAAAGAUGGAUCCACAGGACUAAGUCUGGAUCUGGAGACAGACCUUCGACAAUUGAUUUCGGCUUCUCAAGCGAGCCCCUCCGUCAGAAGGGCCUCCAGUCCAACACCGUCGAGCACGACACAUGGCCGUGCUUUCUCCGAAUCACGCGCCCGUUUGUCGAAUGCUGAGAAGAAUGCAACGAUCGACAGCGGCCAUGAGGUCUCCCCGGCCGAAGUUGGCGAGAAACCGGAUGAACUUGCGCUCAACAAUGCCGAAAACCCUUUACAGCUACUUGCAAUGGCCUCAGUUUUGCCUGUUCAGUCUCCUGCUACAACUUUGGCAACGUCACCCGCCGGUGCCCCUCCCGCGCCAGGACCAGGUGAUAGCCAUGUAAGCGACGCCGAGCUACAACAGUUCUUUGCAUCGCCAAUGUCCAACUUGGAUAACUCGCCCGAUCUCGAUCCUAUUGAACUGGGGUUGGUGACUAUGGAAGAGGCCGAUUCGCUGUUUGGCUAUUUUCAUGAGAAGCUCUCGCACACCCGCUGGGGUCUCGAUCCGGUGCUGCACACUGCGAGCUUCGUGCGCUCCAGGUCGGCGUUUCUUUUCACCUCUAUACUGGCUGCAUCUGCUGUCUUUCUUCCCAGGACAGAAGCUUUGUCCAAACGAUUAUCCAAUCAUAGAAACAUGCUGGCCUGCCUGGUCAUCUCCAACAGGAAGAGAUCCGUCGAGAUUGUUUUGGCUUUCAUGGUCAACAUUCCCUGGAUGACUCCAUCAAAGCAUUGGGCUGACGAUGAGACCUGCGCCUACUUAUCUAUGGCAUUAACGUUGGCUCUGGAUCUCUCACUGAACAAGAUCGUCGUGCCAUCUACCACAAUCCGCCCUCCGGGUUUCCUGGAUCGAGUGGCGAAAGCCGAAUGCAUUGAUGCGGCCCGAGCUCUUCAACUUGAUGGCUUUCCGAAUAUCGAUCCGUCUUCGACAUGGGGACGAAGGCUUCUCAGAACCAGGGAACGAGUCUGGUUGGCUUUGUUCGUCCUCGAUCGAGGUAUCUGCCUGGCCAGAGGACGACCGUAUGCUGUACCUAUCGGACCCUUGGUAGAAAGUUGUGAUACGUGGCAUAUCUCCGACAUCGCCGAUCGAUGGGACGGUAGCGUCAUCUCAGCAGCUGUUCUACGACGAGACUUGGUUGGCCUCAUUACCAGCGUCCGCGAGUUCUGUGAUGGAAGUCAAGGCACGAGUGGUGGCUAUACAGCGGUCAAAUUUCUAAAAGAUAAGAUUGACCGCUUUUUUGAGCAAUGGUAUGCUGUAUGGUCUCGUCAGAUCACGCAGGGUGAUGGCCAAUUACCACCAUAUGUCGAAAUAUUGGUAUCUCAUACCAAGCUAUCGACCUAUUGCAAUGUCGUCAACCACCCCACGGCCUCCAACGAUGUGAAGCAGUUCUUCCGAGCGGCGGGUCUAGCUUCCGCCAUUAACGUGAUGCGGGCGGCCGUACAAGGUGAGAACAGACUCAAGUCGAUGCCGAACAACACCGUCAUCAUGGUCUCCUUUGCGGCCACUUUUGCACUUGCCUUGGGGACGACAACAUCGGGAAAUCGAGCAAUACUGGCGCCCAAUGCUCGCGCACUCAUUGAAGAAACGACACAGGUCCUGGAAAGGAUUGGAAGUACACCAGCACAUAGAAAGGGUCUGUCCGUCUUAUUUGCAAGGCACAUCCGUCGAAUGCUGCAAAGUACCGCAUUACAUCUGGAUGAAGAGAACCAGGCGUAUAAAACGGGUUCUUUUGAGCGUCCUCCACAACAGGAUGCGAAUGUCGAAUACAACACUACGCGAAACGACCCGAUCCAGGCUUCGGACGGGGCCCAGGCAUCAUCAUAUGUAUUCGAUAUGACGGACGACCAGAUCCUUGAAGCCAUCAACAACGCCAGUGCUUCACAGGAUUUGUUCCAGCUCGAUGAGACAAUGUUUCUGGACUGGUUGGACUGGCCAAACGUUACUUGA